AUGUCAUCGCCUACCUCAUUAUGUGAAUACUGCUCGCAGAUUCCUCUAGACCCAAAGGUACUGGACGCUGAAGAGAAGCGUAUAUGGACAUACCCAGGAUGGUCCCUUGGCGCUGGCAUCCGGAUCAAGAACAGUUCGUGUCCAUUCUGUCGCCUUAUUCUAUCUCAUUUCAACGAAGACUUCAUAGCUACCCCAUCCGCUGAUGAGGUUGAACUUUUUUGGCAGUUGGGGCCUGCCAAGCGCUGGGCUUUCUCGGCUUAUCAGGCUCGGGCUGAUGCAUGGAUUGGCUUCAGUUCCCGCAUGGAUUUCUCUGGUCACCUCAAUCCUACGUUGAGGUUCUUUGUCGAGCCGUGGACUGGCCCUGUAGUGGAUACUGCUAGGGUUUUACGCUGGGUCUCAUCUUGUGAGCAACUGCAUCGCUCGGAAUGUGCCAUGCCGACAAACCUGCCCUUUGGCGAGGCAUUUCCUGGCCUCCGCGUCCUUCGCUUAAUCGAUCUAGAGGAUAGCUGCCUCGUAGAAAGGGCAAAGCUUGAGAAGUACAUCGCUUUGAGUUAUGUAUGGGGGGCCGUACCAAAUUUUCGGCUCACCAAGGCGAACCGAACAGCACUGCUCACACCGGGCUCUCUGAAAAAAGUCUUCAAGAUGCUGCCGAACACUAUAAAAGAUGCUACGACUUUAUCGAAGCGCCUUGGGUGUCGAUAUCUAUGGGUUGACGCGCUUUGCUUGCUGCAGAAUGACGCUGAGGACUUGGAGCUAGGCGUCAACGUUAUGGACCUGGUUUACGAGAGAGCUUGGUUGACGGUUGUUGCAGCAUGUGGCCAUGAUGCUAAUGCGCGACUCCCUGGAAUUCAGGAAGGGACUAGAGAUGGUUCUUACAACACAUUUGAGAUUAUGCCCGGCGUCGAGAUGGGAAUUGUGACGGGGCUGGACGGAUUGCUCAAACGCUCAGUCUAUGACUCCAGAUCAUGGACCUUUCAAGAGCAGGUCCUAUCUCGACGAGUUCUCUACUUCAUUGACAACAAGGUUUUCUAUCGUUGCCGUGCAGCAGAGCAUGCCGAGCACUUUGCAGACGACCUAUCACAAACCAGAAUUGGCCCAUCAGCGGGAUCUCUGCUUCCAGAGGCAGUACUCAUGACCGACCCGGUGUUCGACUUAUGCACGAUGCUCUUCUACUAUACCAAACGAGCCUUGACAAACCAGAGCGACACACCACGGGCUAUGGCGGGCAUUAUUAGGCGAAUUGCAGAGGCGAUGAAGUGCAGCUUCUUCCAGGGGCUUCCAACCGUUAUGUUUGACCGCUUUGUCAUAUUCUUUGAGUAUGGUAGCGUUCUUCACCGACGCUCUUCAUUUCCAAGUUACUCGUGGACAGGCUGGCGGGGUUGUAUCGAUAUGAAUUUGCAAACGGCUUGUGCAACCGAGUCUACCAACGUGUGGCUCAGGGACAGGACGUGGAUCAUCUGGUAUAAGCGGAGCCCUUCUGGUAUCACCAAUCUUGUCUGGGAUCCGGAUGCGAACCCGUCGUUCCCUUUGUCAGACAUGGAGUAUGUGGGAUAUCGUCGCAGGCGCCCUUUCUCCGAUGGGCGAUAUGUUCCCAGACAACUGGACACGAGACGAACCAUGCCAACCGAACAUAUGUCCUUCUCCCGGGAAGUGCCAUCUUACCCUAUGCUGCAAUUCUGGACCCUUUCGCUGUUCUACAGAAUCUUUGACAUUGACGUUUUCAGGGCCACUGGAUAUCUCCAAGAUUCUAACAACAGGAAAUGCGGCUUUGUUUGGUUGGAUGGCUUCGAAGAAACUAAUUUCUUUGAAUCUCACGGCUCCUUCGAGAUAAUCUUACUAUCCGAGGCAUACAAGCAUUCAUUUGUGGGCUACGAUGGGGUACAGUGGCAGGACCCUUACCCAUUAGCAGAAGGUCAAUGGAAGUACUAUAAUAUCAUGCUACUGGAGUGGCACGGUGGGAUAGCUGAACGACGAGGUUUCGGUCUGCUUCAUCAAGGUGCUGUACAGUUUAGUCUAGUCCCUGGUCCGUCAUGGAAGGAAGUAUUUUUGUCAUAG